UAGGGCCACAGUGCAAGAAGAACAAAGAUGGCUAACAGCAACUUAUCAGAGUUCAUGGCUUACAACUCCAUGAAUAAGAUGAGAUGAGAUGCUCCUCUCUGAGAAGUAGCCAGAACUUCUUUGCUUUAAUCAGCAGGUAGGACAUGUUGCAGUAUGUCAAAGGCCCUACAUGUUUGUAACCCAUUCCUGAUGGAUGUCUAUUGGUUCUCAUGAUCAUCCAAUGAACACAAGAACAAACCCAAGUGCAGUUCUUUAAUAUAAAUAUAUGUAAACAUCUGAUCUAAAUAUUCAUUACUUAAAAAACUUUUUCAUUGCUUAACAAUGUCUUCCAAGCUGUUGACGAUAAGAAGUUAUGAUAAAGAGCGAGAUCGAUCGAGAGUCGAAGAGCUUGAGAGGAACUGCGAAGUAGGAUCAAGAAAAAAGAGCUCUGUGCUCUUAACUGAUACAUUAGGUGAUCCUCUCUGUAGGAUAGUUAACAGCCCUAUGUAUGAAAUGCUGGUUGCUGAACAUGGAGAUGAAUUAGUUGGCAUCAUCCGUGGUUCCAUAAAGUUUGUAUCCAUAGGGAACCCUACUAAAGAUCAAGCUAGAGUAGGCUACAUCCUAGGCCUCCGAGUUUCACCACUGCACAGGAGAAGAGGAAUAGGUUCACUCCUUGUGUGCAAAAUAGAAGAAUGGUUCAUGGCCAACCAUGUGGAAUAUGCCUACAUGGCUACUGACAUGAAGAAUGAAGCCUCCAUCAAACUCUUCAUUGGCAAGCUUGGCUACUCCAAGUUCAGAUCACCAACCAUUCUAGUGAAUCCAGUAGGCCAACAUGCUGUUCAUAUAAGUCCAAGCACAAAGAUUACCAAGCUGAACAUUGCACAAGCUGAGCAUCUCUUAAGAAAGUUCAUGAGCUCAAUUGAGUUCUUCCCAAAAGACAUAGACCAGCUGUUAGCAAACAGGCUGAGUUUAGGUACAUGGAUUGCAGUACAUGCAAGAGAUGAUCAAUCAAAUCCAAAAAGUUGGGCAAUGGUGAGUGUGUGGAACUGUGGAGAUAUUUUCAAGUUAAGGGUUGAAGGUGCUCCUCGUGCUUGUGUUCUCUUGGCAAGAACUUCAAGGUUGAUAAGUAAACUACUAAGUUGCAUUAACAUCAGAGCAAUGCCUGAUAUUUUCAAUCUAUUUGGUUUCUACUUCAUGUAUGGAAUUCACGGAGAAGGGCCAGAAGCAUUGUCAUUAGUGAGAUCAUUGUGUCACUAUGUACAUAACUUGGCAAUCAGGUGCCAAGACUGUAAGUUGGUUGUGACUGAGAUUGGAGGCUGUGAUACACUUAAGCAUGCUAUACCACACUGGAACCUGCUUUCAUGUUCAGAGGAUUUAUGGUGCAUCAAGGCUAUGACGAGCAAGAAGGCAGACAACUCCUCAAGCUUUGAUUGGAUCAUGGCUCAACCUCCACCUAAUAUUUUUGUUGAUCCAAGAGAUGUCUGAAGUUGUAUGAACUUGUAUGAAGUUGCAUGAUGGUAAUUAAAUAAUUG